AAAAUGUCGACGGCAACAGCACUGGGGCACACAGCGGUGACUCCCCCCGAGUCGUUCCCUUCCGGGGUUUGGUGGGGGCCAAGUGGGGGCUGUUUUUCCCGUCUCUGAAUCCAUGAUCACGAUGUCAGCGUCGUCAGAUUCAGGCCAUCUAGACUCAAGUGUGAAGAACGAGCUUCAUGCCGUGCGACAGUAUUUAGUCAACCAGACACGAGACGCCGAAUCCGAGCACGACGCUAUCCCCGGGCCGCUGAACGAGCAUUUGGUGGAAGCAUGUGAGGCAAGCGUGAGGCCACCAUCCUGGACUGGUCCGAUCGAUCCCCCCUCUGCCCUCUACCAUGCUCUCACCGACGCACACAACCUGUAAGUCAAACGACUCGAGGAUGGUCAGCUAAUGAAUCAUCUGCCUCGCUGAUCCGCUCAGGCUGAGGAAGAGCGCGCUGUUUCGAGAAGAUCCGCCCAACGGGCUUGCCCCGCCACCUUCGCUGGUGCGCGUGACCGCAUUCAUCGCUCGGCACCCGUCGCUGGACCUGGCUGGGCUCGACUGCAACCUCCUGCGGGUCACAGUAGAGACAUGAUUGAUUGAAGCAUUGCAGAUUGUUUACUUAUCAUCCAACCUGAUCGUCUUUCUUAACUUUCAUGUCCACAUCACACGGGGGCAGGUACAUCCACAGAGGGGCGAGGCCGCCAUCGGCGUCCUAGCUCCCAUACUACAAAGGAGAGCGGCACAGAGAGAACAUGCAGAG